AAUUUUUAAAAGAAGAAAUUUGUUUAUCAUAAUGAGGAAGCUAAUUUGUCAUGAAAUGAAAAACUUGAUCUAAAAAAUUAUUAGAUUCAAAAUUUAUAAUCUUGGUGUAUUAAAUUGAAUUUCAAAUAAAAUAAGGGGUCGUCCGUAUAGCAUAUGAUACUUUGGGGGGUAGGGGGGUCUGUAAUAUAUCAUGCUUCAUGUUAAUAAUUAAUGGAAAAGGCAUCCGAAAUUAAUAAGUUUCACAUUCUUUAUGGAUGAUCCCAUAAUGACUAUUUUAAGAAUUGUAAUAAAAAUGGUAAACAUGACAUAUAUUACUAAAUUUUUAAUAUAAGUAUAAUAACUGAGUUACAAAAAAAUGUUAAUGUCGUGUUUAUUUAAAAUUCCCUGUGUUUAUUGAAAGUUUAGGUGUCACUGAACAAGAAUAUAACAGAAAAAUUUUUUCUUUUGGUCAAUCCCAUAAAAAACGAGAUUAAAGUGUCAAAAAACCGCAUUUUUAGCACUUUUUGAGGCAGCGUAACAAGAAAACGCAACAUGAUAAAAAUCUCUACAAGAGCUUAAAUAAAAGCUAAAACCUUCAAUUUUAAGGCUCAGAACUAACAAGUACUUAAAUAAUCACUGAAAAUCUCGUUAAUGAAGCAGUCGCUAUCUGAAAUUAUCAAAAAAAGCUAGGACACUUGGUAAAAAUCGAUUUCCCUAACCGGAUUCGCUUCCAACUUGUUCCUUGAGGUUUUUUGAGGUUGCUAAUGACGAAUUGGAACUUAGAUUUAAAAAAUUCAAAAUGGUGGAUUUAAAAUGGCGUUGACAAUUUUCGAAAAUUAAAAAAAUUCUUUUUAAUUAUUUUAUGCUCACAGUAUAUAUUUUUUAAAUAACUCGCUUAUUAUAUUUAAUGCUUUUGCAUGGUAGUAUAAAACUCGUAGAAACCGGAGACAAUUUCAAUGGGAAAGGUCUAUCUGGGAUGUAUCCGCAUUCUAUUCGACAUUUUAAGCAGGGCACUCAACUGGAUUAUACUAGUCAAAGUUAUAUUUGUCAGAGCGAAUGGAGAACGAAUUGAAGCCAAUGGAAAAGUUGGUGACACGUUAUUGGAUAUUGUUAUAAACAAUGAAAUAGACUUGGAUGGGUUUGGCGCUUGUCAGGGGACAGUAACAUGUAGCACAUGUCACUUAAUAUUACCAAAAGAGGUUUAUGACAGUUUGCCGGAAAAACCUUCCACUGAUGAAACUGACAUGUUAGAUUUAGUACAUGAACUAGCCGACACAUCUAGACUGGGUUGUCAAAUUACAAUGACAAAAGAUCUUGAUGGUCUUGAAGUAUUUGUACCUUGUAGUAUCAACGAUGCAAGAUCUGUAGAUUAAUAGAAAAAAUUUAUAAAGUACCUAUAAGUUUAAAAAAUUAUUUUAUGAAUACUGAUGAAUAAGAGUGAAGUGAACGUGAGAAAAUACUAAAAUUUGUUAUUUAUAUAUGUAUUGUUAUGAAGAACAAAAAGAGAACAAUUAACUAGAUAAUAUAUUUGCUAAAAAUUUGUCUGUGACAAAUUGAAUAGAAGUAAUGUGUUCUAACACAGAUUGAAUUUGUAAAUAAUAGAUUUGAAAAUUUUAACUUUGUUUAAUAGUAAUACAAUAUAAUUGUAUUGUCAAAAUUUUAAAUUAAAUUUUAAUUUAAUAAUAAUUUAUCAUCAAUUAACAAUAGAAAUUGAAAGUUCAAUUAAGAAACAAAAAUCUGAAUACUUUUUCAACUGUUCGUUUUUGAAUAAAAAUUACUAUAUAUUUCGUA